GUGAAUGUGACAAAAACUUUUGAAACAUUGAAGAGAAUCAGUUGAUUGCAGAUUGUACGUUUUCGUACGCCCGAACGUGAAAUUUGAAAUAAAAUGUCGUGGCUAAAGGAACGCAUUUUGAACUGGUUUCAAUUUUUGGCUUUAAAGGUCAUUAAGACUGGCGAAAUUCCUAAACACGUGGCAGUUAUCAUGGAUGGUAACAGACGUUAUGCAAAUAGACAAGACUUGAGGAAAGAGGAGGGACACUCUAAAGGGUUAGACAAAAUGAAUGAGAUGUUAAACUGGUGCUCGUUUCUCGGUAUUGUAGAAGUCACAGUUUAUGCAUUUAGUAUAGAGAACUUUAAACGUAGCAAAGAAGAAGUUGAUAAUCUCAUGGACCUUGCCAGGCAGAUGUUCAAGAGUUUCUUAGAAGACAAGAAAAAAUUAAAGGACGAUGGAAAAUGCAUUCGUGUGAUUGGUAAUUGGUCUCUGAUACCAGAAGAUUUAUGUAAAUUAAUGGCUGAAGUUAUGAUUAUUACUAGGGAAAAUAAUAGAAUAUUUAUUAAUUUUGCUAUUGCUUAUACAUCAAGGGAUGAAAUUACUCAUGCGAUUAGGGAUACAGUACAAGGUGUAAAGGAUAAUGAUAUUUUACCUGAAGAUAUUAACGAAGCUCUGAUUACUGAUUGUUUGUACACUUACAAGUCUCCAAAUCCAGAUUUAUUAAUUCGUACUUCCGGAGAAACUCGACUUAGCGAUUUCCUUAUGUGGCAAAUUUCCCAUACUUGUAUUUACUUUGCCGAAGUAUUAUGGCCUGAAUUAAGUCCAUGGAAUUUUGCUAGUGCAAUUUUUUAUUAUCAGAGAUGUUAUCCUAACUUGCAGAAAAAUAGAAACAGUUUGAAACCAAUUACGCAUAAUACUAGAGUAUCCAUGUUUCUUAAUAAGUUGUAUAACAAACGUGAGAUGGCAAUCGAAAAAAUAUAUCAAUCAGCAACUCAAUCUUAG